AUGGAAUAACUAUUUACAAAGGUUUUAAACCCCAAGUUGAAUAAAAUAUUAGCCAUAGGUAAAAACUAUGUUAAACAUGUUAAAGAAAUGGGUGGUAGUGAAGUUCCUAAAGAGCCUGUUAUAUUUUAGAAGCCCCACUCUUCUGUUUUACCUAAUAUCUAAAAAGGAUAAAAGGUUUAAUUCUUCACUAAAAAUGAAGUUCAUCAUGAAAUUGAACUCGGUUUCAUGAUGAGCAAAGAAGCUUCUCAUAAAAGCUUUUAAAAAUCAGGAGAAAACUGGUAAGAUUAUGUUGGGGGUUAUUUCUUAGCUCUUGAUUUAACAGAUAGAAAUCUUCAAGCUGCUGCAAAAAAGGCUGGAUUCCCUUGGGAUUUAUCAAAAGGUUAAGAUAAAUUCUUACCCAUAAGCUCAUUUAUCCCUAAAGAAAAAGUUCAAGAUCCAUACAAUUUGACCUUACAUCUCAGAAUAAAUGGAAAGACUAUUUAAAAAGACAAUACUGGUAUUAUGCACUUUAAGAUCAAAGAUUAAAUCGAAUAUGCAAGUAAAUUUAUGACCUUAUACCCUGGUGAUCUAUUUUUAACAGGAACUCCAGAUGGUGUUGGACCUAUUAAGCACGGAGAUCACGUUGUUGCCGAAUUACUUGAAGGAGAAAAUGUUUUAGCAUAAAUUGAUUUCGUUGCUGAAAUGGUUGCUCCUGCUCUUUGA